UCAAGUUACAGUGAAAAUGAAGAUUCUCUCAUUCUGCCACGGCUCCAGAGCCAGCUCCCCUCUCCCUGGUUUUAUUGUUUUCUUCUUUACUUGUUAUGUUCACAAGAUGGAAUCAGCAAAGUUCACAGUGAUUGGACCCCAUGACCCUGUCACUGCCAUCCUGGGUCAGGAAACUGUGUUACCCUGUCAUCUAUCCCUGCGGAUGAGCGCUGCAAACAUGGAGGUGAGAUGGUUCCGAUCUCAGUUUGUAUCCUUUGUGCACCUGUACCGUGAUGGGAAGGAUCAGAAUGAAAAGCAGAUGCCAGAGUAUCAGGGAAGAACAGAGCUUUUAAAAGCUGGACUCACAGAUGGAAACAUUCCCUUGAGGAUUCUCAAUAUCAGACAGUCUGAUGAAGGACAAUACGUGUGUUUUGUUCAAGACGACACUUUUUAUGAAGAAACUGUAUUGGAACUGCAGGUAGCAGGUCUGGGCUCUGCUCCUCUCAUCUCUAUUGAGGGUCACGAGGAUGGAGGGAUCCGAGUGGUUUGUCAGUCAUCUGGUUGGUACCCAGAGCCUGUGGUGCUAUGGAGAGAUCUCAGUGGGCGACAUUUACCAUCACUCUCUGAAACAAAAUCCCGAGGCGAUAACAACCUGUUUGGAAUAGAAACUGCUCUCAUUGUGAAAAAACAUUCAAACCAAAACUUGUCUUGUUGCAUCAGGAACACCGUUCUCAAUCAAGAAAAGGAAUCAGCAGUUUAUAUAGCAGGUGAGUAACCAUCCAAAUUCCACACUG